CUCCCUUGAGUCUGCAACUUUCUACCUCCUCUUUCAUAACAAAUUCCUACACAAUUGAAUCUCUUUCCCUUGUGAUUCGAUGCUUCUUCUUUUGUUUUCAAAAUCACUUCUCUUCUGUCCGCGAAUAUUGGAAAGAAAGGCUGGUUUCUGCUGUUUUCCUUGGGUAAUAAGUCCGUUGGUUUUCACCCUUCAUAUUAGAUUGAAUCCUCGCUGUUUUGACCCCCCUGGGCGUGCUGCGUCUUUGUCAAGAUAUCUGCUUCAUCUUUGCUCCAUUCAAGCACCUGAAACGUUUCGUUUUCUACUUAAAAUUCUGGGUUAAAUAGCUGCUGUUCUUGCCUUGUUUCUUUCCAUAUUAGUUGUUGUUUUCAUGGCCUUAAAUACCUUGUAAAGGAUCGGUUAUCUUCUGAAAAUUUUGGUGAAAUUCUGCUACGUUGUAGGGUAGCCUCUGCUUUUCUUUCCAUUGUACGGGCGAGGAUUUUUUUCGAAACCAAGAAAGCACCGAAACACGG